UUUGUUUAUUCAAACUACUUGCACUAAAGCAUGUGAAAAUGGCUUUACUGCGGCAUUUAACAAAAAAACUGGUGCUCAACAGCCUGAAGACCGACAGUAAUUACAAAUUUAAUAAUACCUGUGUGACAUGUAUUCGUUUACUAAAUUAUACUCCAAAGGAGUACGACAACAAAUCGGAUCCCGCACCUUUAUUUUUCAACAAAGAAGUCCAAUCAUUAUUAAGAACUCUCACCAGAGUCGACUUGUCGAAAGUGUUUAGAAAAAGAAAACUUGGGGACAAAGUACCAGCAGAUCCAGAGUACCAGUUCAUGACUGAUGAGCAGUUGGAAGAGGCCUUUCAAGAAGCACAAAAGAAAGCAGAUGAGUUGCUACAAAUUCCACCAGUUUUGGCUAUUCAUGAGCCUUCAAGCAAAGUGUAUUCAGUAGAUCCUGCUCUGCAGGGCUUAGAAACAAGUCGGUUAGUAUUUACUGAUAUUACCUUUGGGUUGAAAGACACUGAAAGGUUGAUUGUGGUGAGAGAACCUGAUGGCACUUUAAAAGAUGCUGAGUGGGAAGUGAGGAAUAGGGUAAAUCAAAUUUACUUCCCAAGGAAAGGGAGGAGUAUUAAAGCUCCAAGGGUCUUUGAAGAUAACUAUUUAGAGGAUUUGUUAAAAAGGAAAGAGUAUGAGUUUAUAUUAGAUUUGGCAUGUGUUCAUUUUGAGCCCAAUGAGAGGGACUAUCAGAGGGUCACUUCUAUUACUUACCAAUAUCUUAAUGAUAACCAUGAUUUUGAGCUGCUCAGGUCUACUAGACAUUUUGGAGCCUUAACAUUCUUCCUAGUAUGGAACAGGCAAAUUGACAAUCUGUUGCUUGAUUUAAUUGAAACUUCUCAUAUUGAUGAAGCCAACAAUUUAUUAGAACUGUAUGGAAAAGUACAUAAUAUGAAAUAUGAUAGUGAUGGAAAGUUAAAAGCUGUUAGACAGUUCAUUGAAAAAGAUUCCACAAAGAAGGGAGCUUUGGAGCUUGCCAUUCAAGCUUAUGAAGAUGUUCAAAGGCAGAAGGAAGAACUGGAGAAAGGCAUUAAAGCUGCACAUGGUUUAAGUUAAAACGAAUUUUGUUAUUUGUAUAUUUAAGUGUAAAUAAAAGAUAAUUGAAA